GAGGAAGGAGGCGGGUGGAGGGAGGGCGUUUGAAAGCCUGCCAUUGGUGAGCUUACCAAAGGCAUCUGCCAGUGGGACUUCAAUGGAAUGUGAAACCAAAUCAUUUUCAAGUUAAAGAUAGACACAGUAUACACCAGGAUCUAGAAGCUGGAUUUUAAACUCCUAUCGCUCCCUAGAAUUUGAGAGAGUUCUGUUAUGAUCUCUGUAGUAAUUAACAAUUUGGCCAAAGUUGGUUUUCAAGUGACUGUGCUAAGAAUUCAUGUAUGGUCUGGAUGUCCUGGAACGAAAAGGAUUUAGGAGCUCUAGGAUAAAUAAGAUUUACCAAUCCCUGGAUGAAGUGCUUGGGAAAUCUUUAGAUGCCAUAGUCAACCGCCAUUUCAAAGAAGAGGAAAUAGAUGGUUUUGGAAAGUUCAUGCUGUUUCUUCACUGAAUUUUAGAAUGAUUGAAGAUAGUGGGAAAAGAGGAAAUACCAUGGCAGAAAGAAGACAGCUGUUUGCAGAGAUGAGGGCUCAAGAUCUGGAUCGUAUCCGACUCUCCACGUACAGAACAGCAUGCAAGCUUAGGUUUGUUCAGAAGAAAUGCAACUUGCACCUGGUGGACAUUUGGAAUGUCAUAGAAGCAUUGCGGGAAAAUGCUCUGAACAACCUGGACCCGAACAUAGAACUCAGUGUGGCCCGCUUGGAGGCUGUGCUAUCCACCAUUUUCUACCAGCUCAACAAACGGAUGCCAACCACUCACCAAAUCCAAGUGGAGCAGUCCAUCAGCCUCCUGCUUAACUUCCUGCUGGCAGCCUUUGAUCCGGAAGGCCAUGGUAAAAUUUCAGUAUUUGCUGUCAAAAUGGCUUUAGCCACAUUGUGUGGAGGGAAGAUCAUGGACAAAUUAAGAUAUAUUUUCUCCAUGAUUUCUGACUCCAGUGGGGUGAUGGUUUAUGGACGAUAUGAUCAGUUCCUACGGGAAGUUCUCAAACUACCCACAGCCGUUUUUGAAGGUCCUUCAUUUGGUUAUACAGAGCAGUCAGCGAGAUCCUGUUUCUCUCAACAGAAAAAAGUCACCUUAAAUGGUUUCUUGGACACGCUCAUGUCCGACCCUCCCCCCCAGUGUCUGGUCUGGCUGCCCCUUCUGCAUCGACUGGCGAAUGUGGAAAACGUCUUCCAUCCAGUUGAAUGUUCCUACUGCCACAGUGAGAGCAUGAUGGGCUUCCGCUACCGAUGCCAACAGUGUCACAACUAUCAACUCUGUCAGGACUGCUUCUGGAGGGGACAUGCCGGCGGUUCCCAUAGCAACCAGCACCAAAUGAAAGAGUACACCUCAUGGAAAUCCCCUGCUAAGAAGCUAACUAAUGCAUUAAGCAAGUCUCUGAGCUGUGCUUCCAGCCGUGAACCCUUGCACCCCAUGUUCCCUGACCAGCCUGAGAAGCCACUCAACUUGGCCCACAUUGUUGAUACUUGGCCGCCCAGACCUGUAACCAGCAUGAAUGACACGCUCUUCUCCCACUCAGUCCCCUCAGGAAGUCCUUUUAUUACCAGGAGGUUACCUGAGGGGAUAAGUGCAUCCAGCCCUGGGGCUGAAGAGCAUUCACUCAUAAAGCUGUAUGUAAAUCAGCUUGACCACAGCCCACGCUCUCCUCCCAAGGACAGUGAAGUAGAGCAGAACAAACUGCUGGCUAGGGCUGCGCCAGCUUUUCUGAAGGGCAAAGGGAUACAAUACAGCCUGAAUGUGGCAGACAGGCUAGCUGAUGAACAUGUUCUCAUCGGGUUGUAUGUCAACAGGCUCCGGAACAACCCAUCAUGUAUGCUUGAGAGUUCAAACAGGCUUGAUGAAGAACACAGGCUGAUCGCCAGGUACGCGGCAAGACUGGCGGCAGAGUCCACUUCCUCGCAGCCGACUCAGCAGCGGAGUGCUCCUGACAUCUCCUUCACCAUUGAUGCAAACAAGCAGCAGAGGCAGCUGAUCGCAGAGCUAGAAAACAAGAACAGAGAAAUCUUACAGGAGAUCCAGAGGCUGCGGCUAGAGCAUGAACAAGCCUCUCAGCCCACCCCAGAGAAGGCGCAGCAAAACCCCACUCUGCUGGCCGAGCUCCGGCUCCUCAGACAGCGCAAGGAUGAGCUGGAACAGAGAAUGUCUGCUCUCCAGGAGAGCCGGAGAGAGCUAAUGGUCCAGUUAGAAGGUCUCAUGAAGCUACUAAAGGAAGAAGAACUGAAGCAGGGAACGCAGGGGGCAGGUUCUCCUCGCUCCUCCCCCAGCCACACCAUCAGCAGGCCCAUCCCCAUGCCGGUGCGCUCCGCGUCUGCCUGCUCCAGCCCGUCGCACACGCCCCAGGACUCCCUCACGGGGGUCGGGGGAGACGUUCAGGAGGCCUUUGCGCAAAGUUCAAGAAGAAAUUUAAGGAAUGACUUACUAGUAGCAGCAGAUUCCAUCACUAACACCAUGUCCUCUCUCGUGAAAGAGCUGAAUUCCGAGGUGGGGAGUGAAACAGAGAGUAACGUGGAUUCUGAAUUUACACGGACUCAGUUUGAGGAUCUGGUUCCAUCGCCAACCUCUGAAAAGGCUUUUCUAGCGCAAAUCCACGCCCGAAAACCUGGGUACCUCCACGGCGGCGCCACCCCCAGCACCAUGCGCAGUGACGUGGCCUCAGAAGAUGGGGACCCCUACGUGCGGCCAGAGGAUGAGAACUAUGAAAAUGACUCAGUCCGGCAGCUGGAGAACGAGCUCAAGAUGGAGGAGUAUCUGAAACAGAAGCUGCAGGAUGAAGCCUACCAGGUCAGCUUGCAAGGUUGAAUACAAUAUCCUUUUAUCACUCUCCUCUCAAGCAAGCUAUAGUCAGACAGAUGAUGAAGGUAACACGCAAGCUGGUGAUGAAGGAGAGCCCCGCACCCACCCCCGCAGAGGAGAAGACACCGGCCCAGGAGCAGCCUCAGCGCCCAGAGGUGCCGGCCCGCACAGCAGCUCCUGACAGACCCCCACCCUUAGAGACGCGCUCUGCCGACUGUAGUGCAGUUGACUUUUCGUUCUAAGAUUCGUAGUUCGUAGGUGUGUGUUUUGCGAAGGAAAAAAAAAAAGACUUCUGACUCCUGUUCGAAGCUAACUUAUCAGCUACAUCUUCUGUAACAUGGCUCAUCCCUGAUUAGAAACAAAAACGGCAACCACCACCACACAUACACAGGGAAAGGAAAACCCACAGGCUGAAAACCCACACUGCUCUUACGAUGGCAGUAUUAACAAGCAUUUUAAGCCUUUGCACAUGAUAUUGAACCUGUUCCGUUUACAAUGACAAUAUUAAUACUGUUUGUAGCUAGAUGUUUGAUUUCUGAAUUCUUUGAGAUUUUAGCGAACCAGUUUAUUAUACACUGUACAUUUUUUUUUCCACAGCAAUUGGAAAAAAACAACCACUUGCAAUUAUUCACUAACCCCGAAGGAUUUGGUACCUGAGUGUACAAACUCAGAGCCUGGAAGCCAAGAAGGGUCCUUGGCCUGCACUGUCUGCAUUUGUCUCUAAGUCUCUGUGAGCAGUGACUUGAACCAAUCACACCAGGAUAAUCCAGCCUUUGGGGCUUCUUUCCAACUUGGGGUUGUUUUCUUUCAAGAUACUCUAACAAAUCAGCCAUAGAAUUUAGUGUAAAUAUUUUUUCCAAAUAGAUAUCAUAUUCAAAAAGAAAAAAAAAAGGCAACAUUCAAAUGAUAUAGAAUCUAGUUUUUAAAAUCAGCACAGAUCUUCUUAAAAACUGUGAACUAUGUUUUGAAAUACUCGUUGCUAAAGCUGUUUAUAAACCACAGGUGCCAUAAGAUCCCCAAACGGACUCAAGUUAUCUCUGCUCUCCCAUGGGUGCGUCCGUCUCGUUUUAGCUUUAGGGAGCAUGUCUAACCACACCGCUCGUCCACAGCUUCCCCUAUCAGGUUGUCUAGAGGCCUUCAGCUUUAAAUGUACAGGCUUAAAGUGUGCUUGCAAACACUCCCUCUCCUUUUAUUUCUGAAUGUUUAUUGCCUUAGCUGGCUACCUGGUGUUCUGCAUGCAGCCUUCUGUGGUCAUGGGAGAGGAAACGGGCUCUUCUAAGUGGCGUUGGGAUUUUGCACUCAGCGAAAAGCUGAUGUGCAAAAGCACGGUCAAAGAAGGAAGAAUGAAAGCCUCUGUGGAUGGUCCUUUAUAAGGGCCCUUGUCGGGGAGCAUUAAAGACCUCCCUUAGGGAGUCUGGGGAAAUGAAAACAUAAUCUACUUGGUGCAAGACUGGAUGAAAUAAAAAUCCGGCAACAUAUUGAAUAUGUUAUACUUAAAUCGGCAGCUUCUCUGGAAUUCCUAUCUCCUUUAAAAGAAAGGCGAGGACAUCGUUUUAGAACAGUGGCCCUCAAAGCGUGUGUCCUGGACCAGCAGCAUCAGCAUCACUUUGGGAAUUUAUUUAGAAAUGCAAAUUCUUAAACCCCAACCCCGGCCUGCUGAAUCAGAAACUCUGGGGAUUGGGCCCAGCCAUCUGUACUUUAAUAGGCCCUCCAGGUGAUUCCUGAUGCAUGCUAAAGGUUGAGAACCACGGCUUUGGAAUAAAGUUGCAUAUAAAAUCUCUAAAAAGGCCUUAUUCCAAAUAAGCAAGAAAGGCUCCGAGUCAAGCUCAAAGCUUCAGCAAUUCGAUUUUGCUUCCUGGGCUGGCAGAAACCUUCUCCCACCCCCACAUAGUUUGUGGUUGGUGUGUGCCCAGCUGAGAACAGACAUCCUGAGACCUUCCAGGUCCCUCUCCAGAGGGCUCUGAGUUGGUCGUGUCUCUGCAUCUGGUCAGAAACCAUGUCCUUGGCUGCCCUUUGGAACAAAAUCACUUGCCUCAGGGAUAGCAAAGCUCUCAGUUGGCAUUAGUAAGAAGCCCAUUCUGUCCGUUGAUGCGCUUUUUCAUACUUCCCCAGAGAAGCAGCCUGACAAAUGUCCCUGAGAGCAGGCUGACACCAAAGGGGCACAACUGCACAGUUCUCAGAUUUCUCUGCACAGAUGGAUUUGAUUAUGAGUUUUGUUGGUUUAUCUUAAUGUUCAUCUCCUUUCCACUGCCCCUCGUCUGUGAAACCAUACCUCUCUAGAUGGGGCAGGUGGCCCCUCGUGCCUCAUACUCAGUACUUAAAACCACUCCAUGCCAGCUACCUACAUUGCUGUCAGCUCUAACUCAUAGCCAGGUAGUUCCGGAACUCGGAACUCGGAUCCUGCAAGUGGCAUUCAGCCCCUGACUGGACUGAGCUGACAUCUGUUGUCACUCUGUGUCUCUGCAUCAGAACACUUGUCUAAGGUUUGAGCCGUUUUGCUGAUAACCGUCCCCCUUGUUGUAGUUUUCAUUGCCAACUCCGUGACACGGUUGUCGAUAGCAUGGUACAAGCCGUUGCAAGGACUCCGGAAAGUGCCGCCAUUGACCAGUUCGUGACUAACCAGCCACCUUUUCUUUCCCUUAGCUCCACGUCAGCACUGAGACCAGACUCAAGCACCCCUGUCCUGUAACCGAGACAAAAUGGCGUAUAUUGUUUUGGGGUUUUGUGGUUUUGGGGGGGUUUCUUUCCUUGGCUCUCCAAAUUUACUUUUGGGACCUGUUCUAAGU